AUGAGUCAACUCUGUUUCAAGCUCUGUUCAGCGUGGCAUACUUUGGGUUAUUCCGAGUGAGCGAAUUAGUGGCGACUAACCCAUUGUCACCAAACUCUGGAAUACAGUAUCCAGCAAUAAAGGUCGACACAAGUGCCCGGAAGCUUAUUAUCACCCUUAAUGUUUUUAAAACUAAUCAACAUGGCUUGCCCAUACAGGUCAAAAUUCCAUGUGAACCUUCCCCACCUUGCCCGCUAGAAGCAAUUCAACGUUUUUUGGCACGUCGCCCUGCAGUGUCGGGUCCUUUCUAUUGUCAUGCAGAUGGAAAACCUGUGACAAGGUACCAAUUCAAUGCUGUACUUCAGAAGUGCCUUUACUUAACAGAGUUUUCCAGCUCACAUUUCAGAACACAUAGUUUCCGCAUUGGCAGGGCAACAGACUUAGCAACACAGGGUGUCACAACAGAGGCCAUUAUGGAAUUGGGCCGCUGGAAGUCUACUGCCUACAAAUCUUACAUCCGUUAGAAAAUAACACACCCAUAUAUUCGUUUGUGAUAAUUUGUGUACCAUUAUGGUUUAUUCCUUUUAGAUGUGUGGGUAAUAGGCGAUUCCAUUCCAUACUGGGCCUCCCAACUCUAUUUGACGGGAAAUGUACCAAGGCUCGAACAGCAAGUUGCUUGGCAUUGUUACAGGGGAGCAGGCUGGGGGGAUUUGCGCAAGGAAAUUGAAAUGGCAGUGUCAUUUAACAACGCCCCUAAGGUUGCUGUCAUCCAUCUGGGUGGAAAUGACAUCAAGGUUCCCCUUAAGGACCUCUUAGACAUCAUGCGUGCUGAAAUCCGCUACCUCCGGGAUGCCUGGCCUGAGACAAUCCUCAUAUGGACCGACAUCCUAAACCGGGGUAGCUGGGAUCUACAGGACAUGCGCAAGAUGAGGAGAGUCAAUCGCUUCGGUCGUGUGGAGGUGUCGUCCACAGGCAAGUCGGACUACUGGCGGCCGGACAUCUCCGCCGACGAGCAGGGUUUUUUCCGCCCGGAUGGUGUGCACCUAAAUACUCUGGGGCUCCAUUUUUAUCUUGAUGGUCUCAUUGAAGUUGUAAAGAGAAAUCUGUUGCAAGGAAUGUAAAUUUCUGGGGAAAUUGCUUUCACCAAUUUUGUGGCGGAAAAUUUACAUUGGCCGAGAGUCAGUCGGGCUGGGUACAGUAAUAUACUUUCACUGAGCUGUUAAUGUAUACUAGUACUCACAUUGGGACCUGUGCACCCUCUUACAAUCGGUCGUUUAUCACGGUGGUUUGAGGGAACCACAGUUGGGCAAAAAACAUCAAGGGUUUCACUAUAGGCUUCAUUUUUCAUUGGGCUUGUCUCACCGGCUCCUCUGUGUCGCCAAUCAACAGGGAGUUACGGUUAGGCAGUUGGGCAGAAAAUAAUAAACUAUAAUGUAAUUAUAUAUAUAAUUCUGUGGGUUAUAUUGCAUAUGAGUCGGUGUUAAUGCACGACACAUGUUGUGUCUCAACUUUGCUACACUGACUGUUGUCCGUCACCCCAAUUGCGUGGGGCGAGUUGCAUUGCGUCGUUCUGGUGGCCCGGGACUCGCCCACAGUACUUGGCGACCCGGAUUUUGCGUUUUGCAUUGCGUGUUGCGUUGCGUUUUCUUGGGUUGUUGCGUUACCCACUAUUAACAGUUGCUAGCCAAAUUGAUAUAUAUGCAUUUUAUUAAGAGGGAACUCUUGUUGCUCAGCCCGGCUUACUCUCGGCCAUGGAGACCUCCCGACCUCUGACUAUAGUCGAGUCCUUAAGACAUAAUCAUAUAGUCAGUAACGUAACACGGCCUUUUCAUCCCACAUAUUACACACUAUUAACAUGUUCUUAAAUCUUUGUAUGUUGUUGUUGUUGUACCAGCUUUGGAUGGCCAAAACAAAUGAAUAAACUCGUGUAAAGGUU